AUGGAAUCAUCGGUACCAAGUGAGAGUCCUAAGUUGGUCAUUGGCGUCCUGGAACUUCAGGGCGACUUUUUUGAGCAUGAGCGCUUGUUGGAAAAGUGUGGGGUUUCUACCAAGGGAAUUCGGCAGCGUCGGCAUCUACUUGAUGAAAACGGAAAAAUUCUCGUGGACGGUCUCGUUAUACCUGGCGGUGAAAGCACCACGAUCGGAAAGCUGUUAGUGGAGCUUGAUAUGCUAGAUGUGAUUCGCACAGCGGUUGCACCGCCUCACUGUUUGCCGGUUCUUGGUACCUGCGCCGGUUGUAUCCUCCUCGCGCGGCGGAUCAGAACGUUCGACGAUCAACCGCGAAUAGGGUGUCUGGAAGUCGAAGUGGAGCGAAAUGCAUACGGGCCCCAAAUCGAGUCCUUUGAGUGCCAGGUUCAAAAUGUGCAGGUAUUUGGCGAAGAGCCUCUGCGAGCGGUCUUGAUCCGGGCGCCGGUCAUUACCCGAGUUCUGGAUUCGGCGCGGGUGCAGGUGCUUGCGUCGUUCCGGGACACUCCGAUAGUCGUUCAGCAGGAUCACAUACUAGCGUGCACUUUUCACCCUGAAUUGACGGGCGAUACACGUAUCCAUCGCAGAUUUAUCGAGAUCGUGAAACAGAACAUAGCCGUGGAAAGGCGCCUGAACUGA